AUGGGUUGGUUUUGGGCUGAUUCCAGUGCUAGCGUGCAGCCGGUGGCUGCCGUUCCAGAGUGCCCAGUUGACCACGGCAAGUUCACGAGCCAGUUUGCGAAGCCAGAGGGCGGAGACGGUGCUAAAUGUCCAGUGGACCAUUCGAAGUUCACUAAAAAGUUUACUGAAAAGAAUGCUGAGGAAGCAAAGUGUCCGGUUGACCAUUCGAAGUUCGCCAAAGUCGCUGGUGGUUCUGGUUCAGGUGCUCCAGCCAGUUCCAGUAGCACCAGCACCAACAGUGCAAGUGGUGGUAGCUGGUGGUGGCCGUUUGGUUCGAUUGGUGGUGUGUCGACAGGGUCGUCAGAUAUCAAUCCGUUGAAUAACAUGCCGGAUUUGUCGUCGCAGCGAGCGCCAGGUCAGAAACUGGCGUUGCCAACUGAGAGGACAAUGUCGUCAAUUCCAAAGGGUACUGCUAAUGGCGACGGUGUAUGGGAGUAUCCAUCGCCUCAACAGAUGCUGAAUGCCAUGAUUCGUAAAGGAGGAGGGGAGAUUCCUGAAGAUGCAGUCGAGUCAAUGGUCGAUGUUCACAACUUUCUCAAUGAAGAGGCUUGGGAAGAGAUUCUGAAAUGGGAAGAACCAUACACAAAAAAGUCGACGGUAAGUCCUCGUUUGCUGAAAUUUACAGGCCGUCCUGACGAUAUGUCGCCUCGUGCACAGAUGCUCCAGAUGCUGGGUAAAGUGUUCCCGGCUAAAUAUGGCACACAACCUCCAUUUGAUCGCCACGAUUGGACGGUUCUGCGAGCAUCAUCUACCAAGGACCAGCAGCAGCAGGAUUGGCAGCAGGUGCGGUAUGUUAUUGAUUAUUAUGCCGGUCCUGAUACUGAUGAUGGUAUGCCGACGUUUAUUCUUGACGUGCGUCCGGCUUUAGACAGUGUUUCUAGUGCGGUAGACCGGUUUGACAAAGUUACUGAUGGUAUUUUGGCCAAAGCCAUGGGCUGGGAAAAGUAG